AUGAAGCCAGUUGUAAAACUAUUAAGGAGUUGUGGCUAUUUGUCAACCAUCUACUUAGAUGAUUUAUUCCUUAUAGGUCAAAGCUAUAAGGAAUGUAAAGCAAAUGUAAACAUUUCAACUGAACUGCUACGCGGUCUUGGCUUCAUUAUUAAUGAGGAAAAAAGUAACCCUAUACCCUCCAAAACAUGCAAAUUUCUAGGACUGAUCAUAAAUUCCGAGAAGCUCCAAAUUUCCCUACCAGACGACAAAAGAUCACACAUUUCAAAAGAUAUAAAAAGCAUGCUGAGUGUGAAAAGGUGUAAAAUUCGGAAAUUUGCACAACUUGUAGGAUCUCUAGUUGCAGCCUGCCCGGCAAUCGAAUACGGUCUCCUCUAUACAAAGGAAUUUGAAAGAUGUAAGUUUCUUAAUCUAAAAGACGAUGACAACUAUGACAGACACAUGACUCUGCCAGACACACUACUGCCAGAUCUUCAUUGGUGGUUUAAAGCUGUCAAGCACUCAGUACGGCAAAUCAAAAUCGACUCAUAUUGCCUCGAAAUAUUUACUGACGCCUCAACUACUGGGUGGGGAGCCGCCUGCGGGAACGAAACAGCGAGUGGAGUAUGGUCACGGGAGGAACAGGAAAUGCACAUCAACGGCCUGGAACUCCUCGCGGCAUUUUUUGGGCUAAAAGUCUUUGCAAAAAAUCGUACAAAAUGCCAAAUUUUAAUGCGCAUAGAUAACUCGACAGCCAUUGCAUACAUUAAUCGCAUGGGUGGAAUACAAUUCCCCCAUCUUACGCAGAUAACCAAAGAUAUCUGGCAGUGGUGUGAAUUUCGCAAUAUAUAUAUAUUCGCCUCCUACAUCAAAUCAGCAGAAAACGUAGUAGCUGAUGCCGAAUCUCGGCGCACACACCCAGAUAUUGAAUGGGAAUUGGCUGAUGGGGCAUUUAAAGAAAUCACAAGGAAAUUCGGGCAUCCUCAAGUAGACCUAUUCGCUAGCCGGGUAAAUGCCAAGUGUGCUAAAUACGUGUCGUGGCAUCGCGACCCUGAUGCAUUUGCUGUCAACGCGUUCACUUUGGACUGGUCUGAACUGUACUUUUACGCUUUCCCCCCGAUUUCGAUUAUUCUGAAAACCCUAAGAAAAAUCAUUUCUGACCAAGCUCGUGGAAUUAUGAUUGUCCCCUUGUGGAAAACACAACCUUGGUACCCGCUAUUCCAACAACUUGUCACUUCAGAGUUAAUAACAUUCAAACCUAAUGGAAACAUUAUGUCAUCUCAUUCCAGCAACCCGAAAAUACAGACAAGUCUUACCCUGGUUGCCGGAAUAUUGUGCGGUCAGCGCUUCUGCGACGCAACGUACCAGCAGAAUCAGUAA